UAUUUCUCUUUCUUUAAAGACAAAUAAUGGAUGGAGUAUGGUUUCCUCAACCUCUACCUUCUCCUCUGUCUUCCUCUGCUUCUCUUCCAUUUCCCUUUAAGGUCUGUCCCCAGUUAGUGGAAACCAAAAGGAAGAGGAUGCAAGCUUCCUCUCACUAACUGCAUUAAAAGAUUAUUUUUUUAUCUUUCCCUACCAGCCCCUCUUUCUGCACUCCCAACAGCUCUGCUAAUACUUAUACGCCCCCCAUCCUCCUCCUCUCUCCACCAAAAAAAGGCGUUGCCUUUCUACUUCCUCUUUCUUCCUACAUUCCAUUUCAGCUCCGCGGCUGAAGAGUAACGGAUAGAUGGCCGGAGGUCUCCUCCGGUGGCUGGUUUUCUGUCUCUUUAACGCUCUAAUCUGCCUUUCACCGGUGUGGACUGCUAGAUCAGAAGCGGUGACGCAGGGAACAGCCAUCGUCGACGGAACCGCCGCCAUUUCGUCCACCGACGAGCACUUCAUCUGCGCCACUCUCGAUUGGUGGCCGCCGGAGAAAUGCGACUAUGGUACCUGCGCCUGGGGCCUUGCCUCUCUUCUCAAUCUGAACCUUUCUAGCCGAGUCCUUCUGAAUGCCAUCAAGGCUUUUUCUCCAUUAAAGCUUCGUUUAGGAGGUUCUUUGCAAGAUAAGGUUAUAUAUGACACCGGAGAUCCUCAGAAACCUUGCAGGCCAUUUGUCAAGAACAGUUCUGAGAUGUUUGGGUUCACUGAAGGCUGCUUGCCCUUGUCAAGAUGGGAUCAGCUAAAUGAAUUCUUCACAGAAUCAGGGGCUACAGUCAUCUUUGGAUUGAAUGCACUCAAUGGAAGGGUUCCUGUGUCGGAUGGUUCGCUAGGUGGCCCAUGGAACUACACCAAUGCUGCAAGUCUAAUUCGUUAUACUGUAAAUAAGGGCUACACAGUAUCCGGCUGGGAGCUUGGGAAUGAGCUAAGUGGCAGUGGAGUUGGAGCUCGAAUCAACGCAGAUCAAUAUGCAGCAGACUUGAACAAUCUUAGAUUUAUUGUCGAUGAGGCCUAUCAUGGUUCCCAAUUUAAACCAUUAGUGCUUGCUCCUGGGGGUUUCUUUGAUGCAAAUUGGUUUCGUGAGUUUCUUAUUAAAACAAAAUCUUCCUCAUUAGAUGUAAUCAGUCACCACAUAUAUAACCUUGGACCAGGUGUUGACCCAAAUUUGGUUCAAAAGAUUCUUAACCCUUCAUAUCUGGAUGGCGAGGCAUCCACGUUCAGCAAUCUUAGGGACAUUCUCAAGAGUACCGGUGCUUCCACUUCAGCCUGGGUUGGUGAAGCUGGUGGAGCUUACAACAGUGGCCAACAUCUAGUGACCGAUGCAUUUGUUUUUAGUUUCUGGUAUUUGGACCAGCUUGGAAUGUCAUCUUUGUAUGACACCAAGACUUACUGCAGACAGAGUUUGAUUGGUGGAAAUUAUGGUCUACUAAACACCAACACGUUUAAACCAAACCCAGAUUACUAUAGUGCUCUCUUGUGGCAUCGCUUGAUCGGUCCAAAGGCCCUAUCAGCUACAUUUAAUGGGACAAAGAUGAUAAGAGCAUAUGCACACUGUGCAAGAGAUUCUAAAGGGAUAACACUCCUCUUGCUGAAUCUCGAUGGCAAUUCGACAGCACAAGUGAAUGUUACUGCUCAUCUUAAAGCUGUGAAACUUCACAGACGUUCUCGAACAAGGUUCAGCCAUGCUCAUGUAGCUAAAGAACAUAAGAUAGCAGAAGGGACGAGGGAAGAAUACCAUUUGACAGCCUUGGAUGGGAACUUGCACAGCCAAACCGUGCUGCUUAAUGGAAAUAUACUGGACUUGGAUGCUAAUGAUGGCAUCCCUGUAUUACAAUCUGUCAAAGUUGAUGGUCGUGAACCAGUAUAUGUUGCACCUUACUCAAUAGUUUUUGUUCAUAUACCCUACUUUUAUGCUCCUGCAUGCAUUUAGUCUGUGUGAUGCGAGUGUUAUUUCCGGUUUAUUGAUUUAACAAGAAUGUACUACCAAGUAGUUCAUUCUUGUCUUUGCCGUGGGUUAAGCAUGGUGUAUUUCUUUUAUUUACUUUUUUUUUUCUUUUUUGUAAUUUCAGCCAAAUAAUGGAUGCAUUAUUAAUGAAGCAAAAGAAGGAAGUGAUUUGAUGUUCCCCAGUCA